AUGUUCCUGAGAAUUCUUCUCAGCGGGCCUCAUGUCCACAACCCCUUCAUACUGAAGCAAGAAAUUGAAAAUCUAUAUACCCGCGUGUUCGAGCUACGCGAUGCUUCCAACACGCACUCGAGCCAUGACCUUUUCCGCGCGUUCAUGAUUAUGGCCAUUGGAUCCGUUACCCUUUACAGAAGAGGGCUUUAUGGGUCGCAUCCGUUUGGGUUCUACACUGCAGCCAUGCGGUAUUUUGAUGACAAGUUCUUAGGCAAUGGUAUUGAAGCCAUCCAAGAUCUUCUUCUCAUCGGGAGGUUUGGCAUUUAUUACCACAUCGGAACGUCGAUAUGGGAGAUAACACACCUGUGUAUCCGGAUGUGCAUCGAGCAUGGGCUCCACAAGGGAUCCUCGGGCCAUUCCGAUCUUCUUGGAGAACAGCUGCGGCGGCGUGUCUUCUGGGAGUGUUACAUGAUUGACCGAUACAGCUCCAACACGUUGCACAGGCCCUUUUCAAUUGCGGAACGAGACAUUACCACUGGAUUUCCCGCAGAUGCCAAUGACGAAACCAUUGUAGCCGCUCAGCAAAUAUUCCCCGAUCUCAACACAUUCAAAGCGGCGCAUACGCCUUCCGGACUUUCUGAGAUGUCCGUGUUCUUCUUGUGCAUCCGGCUGCGGCAGAUCGUAUCGCGCAUCCACUCUGAAUUCUCCAAGCUUGCAGAGACAACCAAACGCAACGGCUUCGAGACAUUUCUGUUGACAGGGAAGAUCUGCCAGACAGUAGACGGAUUUUUCCGGGACCUAGACGAGUGGAGGGCUGGUGCACCAUUGAUUCAGGCUCCAAGGUCACUGUAUGAGUCUCAAGACUGGUUCGACCUCUUGCACUUCCGGGAGCGGCUCAUUCUCGUACGAAAGGCGGUCGACUUUGUGCCAAAGCGGAACGGAAUUCCUCCAGCUCACCUCCUCAACCAAUGCCUUGAAUGUGCAACGAGUACUAUACGGCUCUACAGCAGGCUUUUCCAGCAAGGCAGCAUCACGUAUACCAGGAGCUACUUCCAGAUGAUAUUCACAGCUGGUCUUUCGGUCAUGUUCUGCGUCACGGCUUCGAAGGAGCUGAGACAGCCGCCUGUUCAAGAAACUCUGAGGCUCUGCGGAGAGACGCUGCGCACAAUGGCGGCGAAGCUGCCUGAUGCAAUGCAUUACGUUGCUGUCUACGAGGCGUUGCACCGGAAUGUGGAGAGGAAGUGGAAUCUAGUCUCGCUGCGUCCCUCUCCUACGCCUCAUGCAGCCGAUGUGGGUAGAGAUCCGCCGGCUCUGGACCUGGAGGCACUCGGCGCACCAGGCCCGUCCGUGAUAGCAACACAUCAGCCGGAGCUGCCCUUGGAUAUGCAGAUGGCCCCGAGGCACAAUCACACCGGCCAUUUGGGCUUUUCUCAUGAUCAGCCACAAGAAGAAUGGUUCGCGUUGGCCCAAGAUGGAAGCGAAGGGCUGCAGCAGGAUGCCUUCCUGGCCGACGAUCCUCUGCAAUGGGGGUUCCUGAACGAUGACAUAUUCUGGAACAUGGAGGCCGGGCUGGGCGAGUACGCAUACGGCCACGCCGAUCCAAGCAUCGCAAGAGCAUUCGAUUUUUCUGAUCUAUAG